UUAAAUUGUUAUUUCAAACAACAACAACAACAACAAAAAUGAUUGUAUGGAUACAAACAGGUUAUGCAAUGCCUAUCAAGUUGUCAGUCAAUAAUAAUUAUUGGGUUAAACCAUAGGUUUUAAGUGUGUUUAUAGUAUAAAGUUUAUACACUGUGUUGUAGUGUUGGCAGUGAUUAUACAAACAAAUCAAUUAAAUUAAAAAAAAAACAAUUUUUUAAUUUUAUGAAAAUGUGGUUAAAAUUUUUUACUACAAAACACAUGUUAAUGAUGUGGUUAUGAUAUAUGAAAUGAAAAACAAGAUAAUUAUUAUUAGUAUUUAUAAUAAUUUAUAAGUUUUAAUGUCUAAUUUGUGGCGAAUCACCAAAUAUGCGACAAUUGCCGCAUUGGGCGGCUCUACAGUCCAUGUCCUCAACCAAAACGAUUGGGAUGUUCAAAAUAUAGGAGCCGUACGUUUCGGUCGGGCGGCACUUACCGUUGGCCGGAUUGCCGUCGACUACAAGAUGUCCGUCUCGGGUCGCCAUAACGAUGGUUCACCAGAAUCGCUGGCCGUUUGGUCGGAAACACAUAAGCGAGCGGCCAAUCGUCUACUAUGGUUGUGCUGUCAAAACGGCGGCGUUUUCAUUAAAGUUGGCCAACAUAUCGGUGCACUCGAGUAUCUCGUGCCUCACGAGUACGUAUCGACACUGAAAGUAUUGCACAGCAGAGCUCCCCGUUCGUCCAUCGAUGACAUCAAACGAGUGAUUCACGCGGACACUGGCCAGACAACUGAUGAAUUAUUUGCCGAAUUUGAUGAAGAACCUAUUGGUACGGCAUCGCUGGCACAGGUACAUAAAGCCAGACUACACGACGGUAGGCUAGUAGCUGUCAAAGUACAACAUCCGCGUGUCAAACAACACAGUUAUAUCGAUAUGACAACUAUGGAUAUUCUGGUCAAACUAGUGGACAAAAUAUUUCCCGAAUUUUCCUUCCAGUGGUUGGCCGAAGAAACCCGUCGUAAUUUGCCACUCGAAUUGGAUUUUAUUAAUGAGGGCCGAAAUGCCGAACGUAUUGCCCGAACUUUUGCUCAGUGUUCGUGGCUUAAGGUGCCGGCCAUCGAUUGGACGAUUUCAUCGAAACGAUUGUUGACUAUGGAAUACUUGGACGGCUGCGAAGUGACCAACAAAAAGUAUAUGAUUGACAACGGUAUCGACUGUCGACAAGUGUCGCAUCGAUUGGGUCUUAUGUAUAGUCAAAUGAUUUUCAUCGAAGGCUAUGUCCACUGCGAUCCACAUCCCGGCAACAUAUUGGUCAACAAACUAAAGGACGGAAGUCCGCAGAUUGUUCUACUCGAUCACGGAUUAUAUACACAAUUGACCGAAAAGUUUAGACACGAAUACUCUCGUAUGUGGUUAGCAGUCAUUAACAGCGAUGUCAACGAAAUGAAGGUCUGGGGCGAAGCACUGGGUGUCGGCAAACUGUUUCCCCUAUUGGCCUGUAUUAUGACUGCCAAACCCUGGAAUGUUAUCCAAAGAGGUCUCGACAAGACUGUCGAUAAAGAGACACAAAAGAAAGAGUCACGAGAACUACGUGAAUACGCGUCACAAUAUAUAAGCCAAAUAUCGGAACUGUUGUCUAAAGUCGACCGACAGAUAUUGCUUGUGUUCAAAACAAACGAUUUGUUGCGAUCUAUAGACUAUGCACUGGGAACUGGUGGCGAACGCCGAUCACUGUUAACAAUGUCCCGGUGCUGUGUUCGGGCUGUCUAUGAUCAACAAUAUCGUCAAUCUCAUCACUGGUGGCAACAAUUGUCGCUAAUUCUUAGAUUUCAUUGGAUCGAAACCAAACUUUCCUGUUAUUCAUUAUAUUUAUGGCUAACAGUUCUCAUAUGGGGUCAACAAUACCAAUGAUUUAACUUAUUAUGUUUUUUUUGUGUCAAAUCUAUUAUUGAUAUAUCAUAUACAGUAUAUAUAUAUAU